AUACACAAAAACUAUCAAAAGCAUUUGUACGUAUAUACUAGUACAUAUAUUAUUACAAAUGAUUACUUCAACAUCUUCAAAUUGGCACAUGGUUCAUUACAUUGAUUUAAAGAAAAUUCAAUUGUGUUUGGUAGCAAUGGGUGUGACGAAUCACGAACAUACGGCAUCGUAUGCCAGUGAUGAAAUAGUAUCGAACAGUUAACCGGCGCGCGAAUACAUAAUUACAAAUGUGUCGACUGGUUGUGUGCUUGUUGUUUAUUUGCUUUUUCCAAAAUGGGAUCAAAUUAUCAAUGCAAGACGAUCCAACAACUGAAGCCCCAGCAACAACACCUACCGAAGAACCAAAAAAGAGUAAUUCCAGUGAAAGUAUAAAUAAGUCAUCAAAAGAAUCUACUACAGAAUCAGGACAGACUACUGAUGAUGAAGUUCGAAGAGGUAACUACGCAGGCACAGAUAUAGACAGCGAUAUGGAAUACACGACGAAAAAGAUAAGAGCAGGAACAAUAAUGGAAAAUCUAGAACCACCGAUGACCUUACGUCCAAAACCAAAGUCGAAGGGUACACCCAAAGUUGCCGACGAAAUUGAUUAUCAAAGCAAAUUGAUGGAGCUACAAGAGAAGAUUACCAAGGCUGUUGCCAAAGGAGUAGAAGGUGCAAAGGAGAUGGCUGAUGGAGCUUACAAUUUCCUUAGGGAUACCGUCACAGGAAUCUUUAAAUAACUACAGUGGUGCUAUUUGAAGGGAGUGAACAUUUAUUGAUUGUAUUUUUUUAAUUAUUUGAAGAUGUUGUUUUAUUGAUUAUGUGAGUACAGUUUCUUUCCUCAAGUGAUGUGCCGAUGGCAUCGUUUUUUUUUUAUUUGUAAUAUGCGGUCGUUUUUUUUUCGUUCACAUCAUCCACACGACGUCAUCUGAUUUCAAACAAAGCAAAGCUUUUCUAAUGAAUGAAGAGAAAACUAUAAACAUACUUGAACAAUACUUCAAAAUACACACAUAAUCUAUACUUCUAUAUACUAAUAUAUAAAG